GUAUCCGUGGGGCGAGCGCGCUUUUCGUAAGCUGAUGGAGACAUUAGGAAAGAAUAUGCAACAUUACAAGGAUAAUGUUGACAAGAAGAAGGGGAAGAAGAUUGCUCAGGAGGCAAAGUACACAGUUAGUGGCUAUGUACCUGCCUUUCAGUACUGGGCAUACGAAGCAAUUGAGAAGUUGGGGAAGAAGUAUGCCCACUGCAACGGGACCAAGUUCCCCAGAAUGUUGAGCUGGAAAACACCAAAGGGCCAGCGGAAACAAGAUGUCAAGGCAACCGACAUUGCACUGUUAUUCAACAGUCGGUUGGUGGUGAAGAAGUGCUUGUUUCCCCGGCCCAGUGAAGAGGCAUACUUCAAGAGUAUUAAUGAGGGUAGAGCCCCUCUUUGCUUUGAGAUGGACGUAGAACAAACGGUGGACGUUGAUGGUACACAAGAGUCUGUGUUUGAAACUCAAGCGAAGACCAUCAACGAGGCCGUGACAAAGGCAAAUUUAGUUCCACCACCACCGGCACCUGAAGUACACGAGCCAUCUACUUCAGCAGGUCCUUCUGCUCCAACCAGUACAACUGUGGACACUGACCUUGUAAAGAGGUUGGAUAGCAUUGAGGCCCGGCUGGAGAAGCUUGAGUCCCAGCAGGAAGCCGUCAUGUUGGCACAGACGGGGUUAGUAAAUAGCCAUCUCAGUAUGAGGCGGUCCUUCACAGAGAGUCAGAAAGAUCUGAAGGAGACUCUACUGGCUAAGAUGGACGAGUUGAUGGCUAUGGUAAAAGGAGCGCCCACACCUGGAGAGCCCACACCUGCACCGCAAAAUGAGGAACAACAGGCGAGUGAUAACGAAGAUGUCUUCCCAGAAGAUUGGGAAGCAGAUGAUAACGAGGCACCGUCAACUCCAUUGGACGCAAUCAUCACGGCCAUUGGGGAUACACAAUCACAGGACGAAGUCCUACUUCUACCUGCACCCCCAGAAAAUGUGCCAUUUGUGAGGAAGAGGAAGCCGCCAACGUACUUGAACGACUACACUGCGGAAAAGAAAAAGAGGCGAGUUCUUCCAGAGAACGUAGACCCGGAGAGACCAGCAGACCGUAGAUUGCUUCGUACGUUCAAGAGGUGGUUGAUUGGAGACAUUCCCAAUGCUCGACCUAGGAAUGUGCACACCGGUGUUGGCGAUGUGAAGUUCUUCACAGUUUUGUUUCUUAGGUCAGAGUGGCUUCACGAUGAUGUAAGUAUUUAAUCAUUAAUUAGUAUUUUUGAUUUUUUUUGCAACAUUUUAUUGUAUUGUCGAUGUGUUAGCGACAAUGUCGCGACAUUUUCGCGACAUUGUUGCUGACACAGAAGUUUUUUUCUUUCUGUUUUAUUUGUCGACAUGUCGCGACAUUGUCACGACAUUCUCGCGACAUGGUCGCGUUUUUUUCACGUUCUGUUUAACGACAUGUCGCGACAUUGUCACGACAUUGUCGCGACAUCAGACAAAUUUAUUUAACGACAAUCUUCGCGACGUUUCGCGACUUUAUUUACGACAUUACUUAAUCUUCUCUUUUUUUUAUGCAGCACAUAGAUGCCAUAUCACACUUGAUGAGGAGGAGACGCCAUCAUUUUCCAGAGUUGUACCCUCAGCCAGGUGUGAUUCUGGACACAACACUUCCACAAUUCCUCAUAGGCAUUUGGAGCUGCCAGACUGGUGACAGAAGUACGUUCGAAUGGCCAGAUGCGGUGAACCAGUACUAUCUGGGUAUGGAGAGCCGUUACAUGCCAUGUUGGAAGGAUUUGAACUUCAUAUACUUCGUCCUGUACUUCGAUCAUCAAAAACAUUGGGUUGCUGUUGAGGUAGAUAUUGAUAUGUGGCAGAUUCGGGUGUACGAUAAUGAUUUAUCAUGCACCACCGAAGCACAGUUUGAUGCCAUCAUGCUACCUUGGACUGAGUUGUUUCCACAUCUGCUGAGGUCUACUGGCUAUUAUGAUCAAGUCAACAACAACAUUCUGAAUGUGGACUUAGGGGACAGUAGCCAACUCAAAUCAAUGCAUGCUAGACGCAUGCCAAGUGAGGUGGUUCCCCAAAGUAAAACAAGGUAUUUGUUAAUAUAGUAUAUUAUUAUUUCAUUUGCCAUUACUCUUUAUAUGCAGUUCAGUCUCUAAAUGUGUUUGUUGUUAAUUUUUCAGUGGUGAUUGCGGGGUGUAUGCACUUGAGUACAUCGAACACCUCAUGCUGAAUCGGUCCUUGGACAACAUUACAGACGAUAGCAUGAGAAUGUUCAGAGAUCGGUGGUGUGUAGACUUGUUUUAUCAGAACUUAACUUGGUAAAAUAUAAUUUAAAAGGGUUGUAAAUUUUUUGUAUUAUAGACGAUAGUUGUUUUUAGUACUGUACAGUUUUUAUAUA